UACAAAGUGAAAAUGUUUUCUGCAAAUAUCUCAAUAAACGAUGGAGAUUUUACAAAAACUAUUUAUACAUUGAUUAAAGAAGGCCAAUAUUCAGAAGCCAUCAAAGUUUUGCACGGAAUUCCAGAGUCAAAUACAUGCAGGGCUGGACUAUCGUUAUUAGCAUACUGCUAUUUCUACACACAGGAUUUCAGCAACGCUUCAGGAUAUUACGAGCAAUUGACUCAAAUGUUCCCAGAUUCCAUGGACUAUAAACUUUAUUACGCGCAGUCCCUCUAUCAGGCAUGCCUUUACGAUGAAGCAUUCAAAGUGACUGAGAACAUAUCCGGCGUAGAUUUCGAUGCCAAAGUGACCAAAUUACAGGCAGCUAUAAAGUACGGGCAGGAGGAUUUGAGCGCAGCCAAAAAUCUAGUGGAUGAAUGCAGCAUCGACGAUUUAGAUACGGAAGUUAAUUUGGGAUGCCUUUUGUACAAAGAUGGAAAUUAUGAAGAAUCUUUGAACAAAUUCCUAGCUUCUUUACAAAGCUCUGGGUUUAAACCAUACUUGAGUUAUAAUGUUGCAUUGUGUUACUACCGCCUAAAGGAAUACGGUGCUGCCCUAAAAUAUUGUGCUGAUAUAAUUGAAAAGGGCAUCAGAGAUCAUCCAGAAUUGAGUGUAGGUAUGCAAACUGAAGGCAUUGAAGUUAGAUCGGUCGGAAAUACUUUAACUUUGCACGAAACAGCUUUAACAGAAGCUUUCAAUCUGAAAGCUGCGAUCGAAUAUCAAUUGAAGAAUUUGGAUGCUGCGAGGGAGGCUUUAACAGAUAUGCCCCCAAGAGCUGAGUACGAGUUGGAUGCAGUCACGCUGCACAAUCAAGCGCUAAUGAAUAUAGAUCAAAAUCCUGCUGAGGGUUUCGAGAAGUUACAAUUUCUUUUACAGCAGAAUCCGUUUCCUCCGGAAACAUUUUCAAAUCUCCUGUUGCUUUAUUGCCAACACGAAUGCUUUGACUUGGCCGCCGAUAUUCUAGCAGAAAAUGCUCAUUUGACGUACAAAUAUCUAACUCCAUACCUGUACGAUUUCCUGGAUGCUAUAAUAACCCAGCAGACUUCACCAUCUGAAGCCUAUCAAAAGCUGGACGACCUGGCCAAUCGUCAUACAGAAAUUUUGCGUAAACUAACAAAGCAAGUACAGGAACACCGCAACAACAGCGAUACAGAAUUGGUCAAGAAAACGGUAAUGGAUUACGAGGAAUGCUUGGAUCGCUACAUUCCUGUCCUGAUGGCCCAAGCCAAAAUAUAUUGGGAAAUUGAAAACUAUCCGCAAGUUGAAAAAAUAUUCAGGAAAAGCGUCGAGUUUUGCAAUGAUAACGAUACAUGGAGAUUGAAUGUAGCACACGUAUUAUUCAUGCAAGAGAAUAAGUUCAAGGAGGCAACUGGAUUUUACGAACCUAUUGUUAAGAAGAAUUUAAAUGAUAUAUUAAAUGUUAGUGCAAUAGUUUUGGCAAAUUUGUGUGUAUCUUAUAUAAUGACUUCGCAAAAUGAAGAAGCCGAAGAGUUAAUGAGGAAAAUUGAAAAGGAAGAAGAUCAGAUUGCAUACGAAGAGCCAGACAAGAAGUAUUUUCACCUAUGCAUCGUAAAUUUAGUUAUUGGUACACUGUAUUGUUCAAAGGGAAAUUACGAAUUCGGUAUUUCACGCAUAAUGAAAUCAUUGGAACCAUACAAUAAGAAACUAGGUAUUGACACAUGGUUCUACACAAAACGAUGUUUUUUAAGUUUGAUUGAAAACCUUGCAAAACACAUGAUUGUUCUCAAAGAUAAUGUUAUCCAAGAGUGUAUACAAUUUUUGGAGAGUUGUGAAUUAUACGGAAAAGGCGUAAAGACCGUUGCAUUGUCGCCUUUCAAUGAAGAAGAGGAUCAACCCAGUGGACAACAGACCGUAACGUACGAAGCUCGUGCUUUGAAGGUCAUUCUGUUGAAACUACAAAACUUUUAACAUUUAAUUAAUC